UUGUUUCAGGCGUAUGGUCUUCACUCUCACUCCUCCCAUGGUGCAAGUAGUCAUGAAAGUGAGAGUGAAGCGACUAACCAUAUAUGGAAAAGUGUGGUUGUCAUGGUUUCGGUGUAUGCAUUCUUUCUUUUUGAGAAGAUUUCUACUAUCUGUAUAACAAAAUUACACAAAAUUGAUGAAGUAUGUGAUGAGGAGCAUGGACACCAUUCACAUUCUAUACAUGGACACUCACAUGCAGAGCAACCAUUGUCAAUAUUAGAUGCAAAGAAAACUAAUACAUCAAAACCACCAGUCCAGAUGAAGCAAUCAGGGUCUAAACAAUAUUUGGCACCAGAGAAGGUUACCGCUUGCAAUGGUGAUAUUCAGAAAAGCAAGGAAGAUGAACCCCCACAAAAGAAACAAGGUAAUGUUGGUUUAUAUGUAAGCUCUUCUAUGGUUUAUGCGAUCAGGAUACCGAAAAUCAACGGCAACAGAACGUUCUUAAACAUUGGAUCGUCACAUUUACGAAUAAGAAGUAGUGACAAGAAGUAUAGUUAUGUAAAAAAAAUAGUUGCGUACGAUACGAGUAAAGACGUAGACCAUGUGAAGUUUCGUGACUUCUCAACGCCAUUUUCAUUUGCUGGCAAGUUUAACUCUGUUUUGACUUCAAUUACUACCCCACAAACUCCGACAAGGGAAAAAGCCAGAAGUACGGAGUCGAUUAGUACAGCAAGUGAUUCAGGUAUUUCAAGAGAGAUACUAUCAGAAGAGUUUGAAGAUGCUCAGCGGAUGGAAUCGAGUGAUGUGUCUACUUCCGUGAACGAUGGAACUGAGCUCUCAUCGCCUUUGGCGUCAAGUACUCCGAGCAAUGGAAGGAAAAGACAAAUGUCAGAAGCUGCCAAGCAUCUAACUGUGCCUGCAUUGACAAAGAAAAAGAAAGCGCAGGAAGUAAACAGACAGCUUGAAAUUGGUCAGAUCAAAGAGUGUCAUAUAGGUACAUACUUGAUUGAUUCCACUUCACUGAGCCUCAGUCGACAAAUCAGGAAUAUCAAUGAAUCUUGGGUGGAGAAGUUGGUACAUGAGAUGGAUGAAUAUUUAGAUGAGACAUAUCUGCCCUUGAUAGUGGUUUUGAAAAAUGGUAGUAAAGAUGACUUAAUUCAAUCAAACGUCAAAAUGUGUAAAGAAAGAUUGCUGGAAAUGUAUGAUUCUGAAGAUACUAGAAGUAAUGGAAUGGUAGCUGUGGUUGAGACAGGUCGUCACUGCAUUGCAGCAGAAAACAAUACAGAUAAACUAGGUGUAUUGUGCGAUAUGCUGUCAAAGAUGAUUGACAGUGAAGGUGUUGAUUAG